UUAAAGAAAACCUAGUACAGAUGCAUACAACCUGCACCAGUUCUUUAUAAGAUAAUGCAAAAUUAGGAUUCAUCAGUUCUCUUAUAUGUUUAGUAUAUACUAAUUUUAGUUGCUUGGUUGCUUCAGGCAUACCAGCUGUGAUGGAGGAUCUGCUUCAAUCUUCCUCAACCUCGAUUAUUUACAUACUUGCCUUGCUGAUCUGCAUCUUCAUUUAUUAUCUUGGAAGAUCAGUUACUAAAAGUGAGAGCAAGACCUGUACUGCACCACAAGCAGGCGGGGCGUUGCCGAUUAUCGGCCAUCUACACCUAUUUGGUGGAAAGAAACUGCUCUUUGAAACACUUUGUACCAUGGCAGAAAAAUAUGGACCAGCCUUUACCAUAAAGAUGGGUUCAAACAGGGUCCUAGUUUUGAGCAGUUGGGAAAUGGCCAAAGAGUGUUUCACUGAACAUGAUAAAGCUUUCUCAGACAGACCCCUAGUUACUGCUUCAAGAUUACUAGGCUAUGAUGGUGCAAUGUUUGGUUUUGCGCCUUACGGUCCUUACUGGCGUGAGAUGCGCAAGAUUGUUACAAUCCAUCUUCUAUCAAACCAUAGGAUUGACCUGCUUAAGCACAUACGAGCUUCAGAGGUGGAGAUGGCAAUGAGAGAGCUGUAUGGCUUAUGGUCAAGCAAAGGCUGCCCAGAGAAUGGAAUAUUGGUUGAAAUGAAGCAAUGGUUUGGUGAUUUAGCAUUUAACAUUAUCUUGAGAAUGAUAUCAUGUAAGAGAUACUUUGGAGUAAGCUCAGAAGAUGGCAAGGCACAAUAUUUCCAGAACAUAAUAAGGGACUUCAUUAACCUAUUUGGGGUGCCUGUGAUCUCUGAUUCAAUUCCAGCUCUUUGGUGGUGGGACAUACAUGGUUACAAGAAGAAGAUGAAGGAGACGGCUCAAAAACUUGACCAACUAAUUGGGGAGUGGUUAGAGGAACACAAGCAGAGAAGACUAUUAGGUAAGGAUGGAGAGGAAGAGCUAGAUUUCAUGGAUGUGAUGCUGAGAGUCCUACAAGAAAACCCUAUUGCUUCUUUUGACACAGAUACCAUUAUCAAGUCUACUGUCCUGAAUCUGUUGGCAGGAAGUGACUCCAUUAUGGUAGCUAUAACAUGGAUCUUGUCUCUGAUGCUUAAUAAUCCACAAGUACUGAAGAAGGCUCAAGAUGAGUUGGACAACAAAAUUGGGAGGAAUAGACAAGUGGAGGAAUCCGACAUCAAGGAUUUGGUGUAUCUUCAAGCCAUUGUGAAGGAAUCUUUGCGGCUAAGUUCUCCGAGUGCUGUCAUUUUUCCUCGUGCAGCAAUGAAGGACUGCACGCUUUCAACUGGCUAUCACAUCCCAGCAAGCACCAAGUUGAUGAUAAACAUAUGGAAAAUAAUGCAUGAUGAGAACUUGUGGCCUGAUCCGUAUAGCUUUCAACCUGAGAGAUUCUUGUGCAGCAGCCACAAGGACAUAGAUGUGAGGGGCCAACACUAUGAGCUUCUUCCAUUUGGCUCUGGAAGGCGUUCGUGCCCCGGAAUUUCACUAUCUCUCAAUGUUAUGCAUCUUAUUCUGGCUGCACUGCUGCAUAGCUUUGAAAUUACUACUCCAUCCAAUGAACCUGUAGACAUGACAAAGAGCAUUGGUUUGACAAAUGUGAAAGCAACUCCACUUGAGGUUCUUCUUGUUCCACGCCUCAACUGUGUUUUAUGAUGCGGAAGGCUAAGGGCGCUCUAUUUUUCUGCUGUUUGUGUUGUGCCUUUUAUUUUUGUACUUAGAUGUAUUAUUUGAAAAUAGUUAUUAUCAUCGUACUAAGAUGUGUGGGAAGAUAAUUGACAGAACAUUUAAUUAGGAGGAUGGAUCAGAUAAAAAGAUAGACAGGUGGCGAAAUUUAGGAGAAGACCCAAGAGACCAGUAUGAGAUGGUUAAAGGAGAUCUAAGUGUAAAUGGUCUUACUAUAGAUAUGAUAUAUAAUAGGACUCAAUGGUGUUGUUUGAUGUAUGUAGCCGACUCUACCUAGUGGAUAAGAUCAUAAGACUUUUUUGUUGUUGUUGUUGUUGUUGUUGUAUCAUACUAAUGUGUAGAUAUACCAUUUAUCUUAUAGUAAAUGAGUGGUAUGUACAA